UAACAUAAGAGCUCUGAGACGAGAAGUAGGCGAGUCGGCAAAGAAUGCAGCCGUCUCCGGCUCUCUUUGUCUAUACACGCUUGCUAACUAUUUAUUUAAAUUAUCGGCUAUAAAUCCGAGCCGUCGUUCAUUGAUGAAAUCGAUGAAUUUCAGGCGCUAGCGUAAAAUUGCGAAAUUCUCUCUGCACCGUGAGGGGUAUUUUUAGAUAGCCGCGAGCGCGCGACAGUGUGAAUCUCCGAUGACUAUAAGCUACUUUUUUUCCUUUCCUCGAUUGUCUUUUGAAUUAUUAUACAUAUACUUAUAAUACGCACCGAUACGAGGUCUCGUACGUGCCUGCGCGCUAUUAUUAGUUUAUCAGGCAUAUUGUAAAGUGAUACUUUAUAAAUAAUUGCAAAAUGGCUGAGCUGAAUUGAAUGCAAUUGCUCGGAGUCGUUCUUUUUUCGCGUUUCGCUCUUGAACAGGAUGUGGAUAAGAUACAUUUUUACGAGAUAAUACAAGUGCUCCUGCAGCCUUUGGCUGAAGAUUCAACCGAAGAGGCACUUGACAAAGAACUUGAGAUGGACAAGAUUAUUUGAGAAACUUUCAUAAAUCAAAGGCUUGUCGAAUGUUACAACAAAAUUCGUUGGCUUGAUCCUUUUCAAAACAGGAUGAAGACCGCUCACUCGAUGCUUACAACGCGCUCCUGUCUUUCAGUAAUGCCAAUUGGACCAUUGAGUCCAACAAUUGUCACACUCGCAGCAUACGCAAAUCAGGAAGAAGUGGCUUUUGUAAUUCAAGUCAGAGCAUAGUACCUAGAAAAACGCGCUAAUAGCGCGUUUAUUAUUUAUCCAAUGGGAAAAUAUGCCAAUGGUUGACAAUUUUCACAGCUCUCGCAACUACUUCAAAAAGAUUUUAUUGUCUUGGUGAUUUUUGAUCUUGAAGAAAAUUGAUAUAGCUUGCAAAAAAGCAUUAAUUUGUAAUAACAUUGCAAAGACUGUAAAUACAAUAAUCAUGGAAGCAUCGGCAAUGCCACAUCUGGGUCAAGCUGCUUCUGCAGCUUGCACUAUGGCCACAAAUUUUUUGGCCCCUGUAAAAACGGAGCGUCAAAUUUACGAAAAUUCUAUGCUUGAAGAUGAUCCUAAUGCUAAUUCAGUGGUGCCCACUUCAGCUGAAGACAGAAAUGCUCCAAGGUGGGGUCCGAAUCACAAAGGUGCUCAAGAAUUAGCAAGUUUGUAUAGUGGAGGCAAAAGAUUGCAAGAAACAGUAUGUGUAUGUGUUUGCAUAGCUCUUAUGUCCAUCAAUAUACUAUUCAUACUCAUUCGAAUAAAGCUGGAGAAUUUGGGUUCAAUAAUCAUUGGUGCAUUAUGUGGAAUCAUUACCGCAGACUUCAUUUCUGGUUUUGCUCAUUGGGCUGCAGACACAUGGGGAUCCAUUGAGUUACCAAUUAUUGGAAAGAAUUUACUCAGGCCUUUUCGAGAACAUCAUAUAGAUCCAACAAGUAUUACAAGACACGAUUUCAUAGAAACAAACGGUGAUACAUUUGCAGUUACCAUACCAGUUCUCUGCAAACUGACAUGGGAUUUUCUCUUCUUGUCAGAGUCAGAAAUUCAGAAAAAAUUUUUCUGGAUCUGUUACUGGUAUCAACUUACAAUAUUCGUAGCACUAACAAAUCAAAUUCAUAAAUGGUCUCACACAUACUUUGGAUUGCCUUCGUAUGUUGUCUGGUUACAAGAGCACCGAAUAAUUUUGCCGAGACGACAUCAUCGCGUCCAUCAUGUUUCGCCACACGAGACGUACUUUUGCAUAACGACCGGUUGGUUAAACUGGCCCCUGGAAAAAUUGCAUUUUUGGUACAUAUUAGAGUGCAUAAUCGAAAGAACGACCGGUUGCAAACCCCGAGCUGAUGAUAUGAAAUGGGCUCAGAAGCGCACUUGAGGUACGAAUCAAUAAGCGAUUCUUUUCAAUGAUAUUGUUGCAUUAAGAUUUCUACAGACUUCCUAGUGUUAAAUACGAUGUCGCAUUGUUUUUGUUAUCUCAAAGUUUUGACCCUUUGACCCCGAAUUCUUUUUCAAGCAGAAACUAAUCAUUUUAGAGGUCUCGCUAUUAAAAUUCAAACUUAACGGUAUGCCUUUCAAUCGCUUAAAAAUAACGAGGGGUUCAAGGUGUUAAUUCCAUGUUUUGCAUUGGUUCUCGAAAAACCGAUAUAAGUAUUCUAUAAAUAAUCUAGAGAGUUGCGCAAUAACGUUAUCAAAGAAUAUAUUUUAGCAUCGGGGAAAGAAUUUUCGACACAAAAGCCUUAAAAGACUGUGUGAGUAGUAAGUCAUUGAAAAAAAAAGAAAUAUAUUUAUAUUAGGAGACAAAUCAACUAGAUGUGUGAGAACUUUGGCCUUAGAAAUUAGACGAGGAAAGAAGCGAGAAAUUAUUUAGAAUAUAAACGUCAAUCGAAUUAAAUACAAUAUAAAUGUGAAUUUCGAAUAAGUUUCACGCCCAAGACGCUUACGUAAAGAUUUGUAAUGAAAUUCAUACAGAUUUAUAAAUCACAAUAUACAGAAGUAUCUCUAUAUAAAUCGUCAUCGAUUGCUAAUUUUUCUCGUUAGAAUAAAUGUUAAUUUUUUCAAUGCAAAUGCAAUGUAUAAAGUACUUCGUAUAACGAUAGUCCAUUUUUGUAGAGAACGCGAAACCAUUUUUACAAUAAGCACAUGCCUAACGAAUUUAAAUAUAGGAAUUUAGAAAUGUAUCGAUGCAUCAAGGUAUCAUACAUUGACGGAUGUUAAUUUUGCAUCGAUUCGCAAAAUAUUAAACGCACGCAACGCCUAAGCUAUUUUAUCGCGCCUGCACAGCGCGGAUUUUCCCUGAACCUUAUAUUCAUAGUAUAUUUCAAAAUGUCAAUCACGAAGUGCUCAGAGAUAUUUUCGAUCGACCGUUAAAAACGAAUGAGGAGUGCGAAGCCUCGUUGUUUCCUCGUUAUUCGCACCGUUUCAAUAUUAAUAUUAAAUUUUGCGAGUUUAACUUAUGUAUUUAUUUAUUGAAAUAAUUUAUUAACAAAUGUUAUGUUUGCUUGUUAUUUCAAACGUCGAUAAUCAUUACUAUAAUCGGUAAUCGUUGCAUAAACUAUUCAUGAAAAUUGGUUUUCGUUUACAGAAGCAUCGUUAUGAAAAUUUCAGUUUACCGUGUUUCUUGUUUGUUUUCGGAUAUUUGAAUUGGCCAGUUCAAAGCAUACACUUUAAAACACUUUGUAAACGGAUGAAUGGCGUAAUUAGAAACUUGCUCAAUAGCUUGCGUAAAUUGAUGUUAUUUGUAUACUCUACAUCAUUUAUUUGAUUAUGAAUAAGGAAACAACGAGUGAAUGUUCUCCAGAUAAAUUAUCUAAUAGCCAUUUGCGUACACGCGUAUAGGUGAACGUUACAAAAAAAGUGUAAAGCAGCUGCGUUAGUCGCGGAAAUUAUAAAAAUAUAUCUAAUGAAUAGUCCGCAAAAUAAGCCUUAGCAUAUAAACAAUCGAUAUCUCAAUUGUAGUUUACGCCAGUUUACGUCGCGCCAGCAAGGUCGCCGCCAGACCUUAAACAUGAUAUUCGAAAUGUGCCGCUUAACAAUGCACUACUUGACCAAUAAAUUGGCGAAAAUCCGUAUCGCUCUAGUCUGUCAACCGACCCUCGGACAACGUUCACCUAUACCUAUAACGCGAACAAUGCGCGUGUAUCCAAGCACAAAAUUCACUAAGCGAAAGUAAGGUGCUAAGAAUAACGUACAAGUUUCGGGUUCAGGGACCAAUAAGAGACCUUCACUUUGCUCUCGCGCGACGGAGCAAGGGUGAGUUUUUCGGGAUAAAAAGCUUCAGCGCCAGAGCGCAUAUUCAAUGUCGCGAUGCGACUAGUCACGCGCGCCAUUAUAGUUCCUCAUUUUAUCGAAAGAAUAAAGUUUAAUGAAAUAAAAACCUACGAUAAAGCAACCAACGCGUAUAAUAUUAAACUGAAAAACUUCUAUAUUAACUGUUAAUUAUACUGAUGUAAUUGCAAAAUAUUAUUAACCGACGAAUUUUGAAAGAUUUACGAUUCCUAUUGCAUAUUACAGCUGUGCGUCUUGCUUUCUUUUUAUAUUAUACAAUACACCAACGCUAUAUUUUUAUGUAUUUACAAUGUUUAUUCGUGUCAGACCCACAGCUGAUGUGUGGAAACCAAGCUAAUUAUAUGAUGUCUAUAUACCGUCAAAUGAGCCUUGAUUUCUAUAUAACACAAUGAUGCAUUGUUUUUUUAAUUGAGCGCUUCCUUUUGAGUGCGCCAAUGACUUUUGAUGUUUCGUAAUUUUUGCAACUUUUAUAAAAUCAAGACUCAAUUUGUACAGGAUUUUUAUGUAAUAAAGUGUAUAAUCUUUAACGUUCAGCAAAAAAUGCACACGUAACUGUGUAAGAGAAAGCGUUUUUGUAAUUAUAUCGGUGCAGCUAAUAUGAAUAAUUGUUUAAAGCAAUAUGUAAUUUUAUGUAAAAAGCAAGAUACUUUGAUUUAUUCUUGUAACUACGCAAUGAUCUAACAAAUCAAUUGAUUUUUAUAUUAAGAUAAACUUGGGUGAUACUAAGAAUGUUACUUUGUACAAAAGUAAAUAAUCCAUUCUAAUCAACGAUGCCUAAGUAAUAUUAAUUAUCGCACUCAACUUUCAUGAAUGCAUCGCCAUAAACUACUGUUAACUUUUCAUAAGAAAAUAUGCAAAAUUAAAAGAGCCUUCAAGUGUACCAAUAACGACGGAAUUUACAGCAUAACGAAAAUCAGCGCACACGCGAAAUAGACGCCUUAAACCAGAAGAAAACGUCCAUGCUUCUCAUUGCAGAGGGCAAUAUUGAUAGUAUAAACAUAAACAAAUAUUAUAUACACUCUAUAAGUCACCACUCGCCUUUUAUAAAAAAAUAAAACUUAAAAAGAAAAAAUAUGCAAAAGCUUUAAACUGUGCUACGAUAAAUUUUUACGAGCAUAAAAAUGUGCAUAUGUCAAAGCAGCUUUAAUCAAGCAUUGGAUAUAUAAUUACUUACUUUUUGUCUGACAUACACACACAUAUUCAUGUGAAAUGUUUGCUAUUGAUUAAAAUAGUUUUAUAUUUUAAGCAUUUAGUUGAUCCGCCAGGAUUCUAGUAAAAAUCAAAUUAUGAUUUAAGUGAUCAACAUUAAACAUAUGAAGCAUGACUCUAACUCUGUAAAUAUUAUGUGGUUGGUGUUACAAAACUUGUAGAUAUUACCAUCCAUCGUAACAGGUUAUCGUAUUUAUCUUUUCACGCAGAGCGAGAAAGUAUUUAGAUUUUUUUAAAUUAAAUCACAUUUAUUAAAAAAAAAUUUGUUCUAGUAUUUUUUAUCAGUAGCGCGAGGUACUUUAAUAACUAAUAAAUGCCUACUUGAUACACUCAAUAGUCUGAUUUGAUAAUGUUAAAAUUUUUUUUAGUCAAACAAAAUAUUCUUAAAUGCCAAUGGUAAAAAUAAAUCAAAUUCAGAAUAUAAAA